UAGCGAUUUGCCAAAACGAAAACGGAAAAAACUUACUGCUUACAUCUUGGUCGGACUUAACAACAGAGGAUAUGGAUGUGCCGUAGCUGCUUUGUUUAGGAAACAGCUUUGCCGAUCUAAGCAUUCAUUUGGCCGUCCAGCAGAUGGAGCUGCAUCACUAUAAAAUCAACUCCGAUACCGCUCUCAUCGACCAUUGCCGAUGCAAUGCUCCUACUGCUGUGCAUCGUGGUCCUCCCUGCCGUGCUCCUCCUCGUGCUAUCCUCCAAGCAGCACGGGGAAUGCUACGUCGGCGGCCGGCCGCUCCCUCCCGGGCCACCGUGGCCACGGCUCCCACUUCUUGGGAACCUCCUGUAUCGCUGCCCUACAACCGCCUCCCUCGUCGAUGCGCUUCGGCGCCUCCACGCGGACUACGGCCCCGUCGUCACCCUCUGGACGGGCGGCAAGCCGGCCAUCUUCAUCGCCGGCCGUGACGCCGCGCACCGCACCCUCGCCCGCGAUGGUGCCACCUUCGCGCACCGUCCGCCGUCGUGGUCCUUCGGGUUUAACGCCCACGGCGUCAACAGCGCCCAGUACGGCGGCCGCUGGAGCCUCCUCCGGCGCAACAUCAGCUCGCACCUUGCAGGGGCGCCUCUCGCUGGCGCGCUACAAUAUUCCGUCGGUAAGCUUGUUUCGAGUCUCGAAUGUGCGGCCGCGGCGGCCAAGAACCACGUCGUUGUGCCAUCAGAAAUGCUCCGACACGCCGUGGUCUCCUUCUUCGCCUCGCUUUGCUUCGGCGAGGGAGUGGAGGAGGACGUGCUCAGGCAGCUACGAGGAGUCCACGCCGAGAUCCUCUCCCUCGUCGUUGAGCUCGGCGCGUUCCACCUAAUGCCAGCGCUCCUCGAGGUCGCGUGCUACUUCCCUAGGUGCCGGAAGCUAUCCAACGUCCAGAAGAGGCACCGUGCUACUGUCAUGACUCUCAUCAGUGCUCGCCAACAACGAGACAGUGAUGGGGUCGGCUCAGGGCGGCGCCGGUGCUACGUCGACACGCUCCUGGAGCUAAGGCUCGGAGACGAGGAGAUGGUGAGCCUGUGCUGGGAGUUCAUGAACGCUGCCGCCAAGAUCACUUCCACGGCGCUCGAGUGGAUCAUGGCACGUCUUGUGCUCCACCAGCAUAAUGACAUGGAUGAUAAAGGCAACGAUGGCAAAAACUUGGGUGAUACAGGCAACGAUGAUAAGGACAUGGGCCAUAGAGGCAACGAAGGCAAAGGCAUGGAUGAUAAGGACAAUGAUUUCGUAGUCAUGGACCCCAAACGAAUGGAUGGUAUGUGCAUGGAUGAUAAGGACAAUGAGGAUGCAGGCAAGGAUGGCAUAGACAUGGAUGAUGUACACAUGCAAGGUAAAGGAAUUGAUAAUAAAGGCAUGACUAGUUCAGACCUGAAUGAGUGUAUGGAAUACUUAGAGAUUGUGAAGACUUUCAGGACCAAGGAAGAAGCCUACAUGUUCUACGUAGGCUAUGCGAGAAAAAAAGGGUUUGGUGUUAGAAAGGAUGAUCUGAAGUACAGGGGUCCAGGUCUGAAACAAAAUGCAUACAGAAGGACAUACAAGUGCUGCAAACAAGGAUGGCGGGCCCUUAAGCACUUUAACAGAGAUGAAAGAAAAAGAACACCGAGGGGUCUUUCUCGGUGUGGGUGUCCCGCUCUUUUUCAAGUUGAGCUACAAGAUAGCAGUGGCUUCUGGUUCGUCAAGAAUUUUGUGGACAAGCAUAACCAUCUGUUUGUCCCUGCUGACUUGACUCCCUACUUAUCAGCUCAUCGUAGAAUGACUGACGCACAAAAGGCCGAUGUCAUCGAGUAUGCUGUUGGUGGACUUCGAACACAUCAGAUUAUGAAUGUAAUGGAGAAAAAUACCAGUGGUCCCGACAAGCUUGGAUUUAUAGAUCGAGAUCUAUACAAUCAUGUUUUAAUCCAGAAGAAGCGCAAGAUAGAAGGUAGUGACACUAGAUAUUUGUUCACCUAUAUGAUUGCACAUAAAAAAGCAAACCCAGAAUUCUUUUUCAAAUACACAAAAGAUAGCGAAGGCCAUUUGAGGAACAUAUUCUGGGCUGAUUCACAAUCCCGAAUUGACUAUGCUGCCUUUGGUGGUGUCGUGGUGUUCGAUAGUACAUAUCGGUCUAACAAGUACAUGCUUCCGUUUGUUCCAUUUGUUGGUCUGAACCAUCACCGCAGCACAGUUUUGUUUGGGGUCGGUCUAGUGCCAAACGAGACAGUUGCAUCAUACCAGUGGCUUCUUCUUGUAUUUUUGGAGGCAAUGUCCCACACGGCACCCAUUUCAGCAAUCACCGAUGGGGAUGGUUCAAUGGCUAAAACAAUAGCUACUGUCUGGACCGGAACAGAUCAUCGUUUGUGCAUGUGGCAUAUCGAGGAGAAUAUGGUGAUCCACCUCCGCAAGAAAAAGCUUGAGGAGUUUAGGGAAUUCAUUUACCGUCGUUGGGAUGUUGAUGAGUUUGAGAAAAGAUGGGAGACUUAUAAGGUUAGGUUCAAAAUAAAACGAACAGGCAAGAGGUCAUCAUGGGUUAACAGGAUGUACGAGCUGCGACACAAAUGGGCUGCUGCGUACACAAAGGGUAGAUAUUUCCUAGGCAUGAUGAGUAAUCAGAGGAGUGAGUCUCUCAACUCAAGGCUUCAUGUGCACCUGAACGUACAGGAAGAUGCAGCUUGUUGAUUUGUUGCAGCAUGUUGAGCACUGUGUAUCCAUAAUGCGUAAGAAUGAAGCAGCAUUAGACGCAGUAGCGACACAUACGAUACCCUUCACUAAGCCGAAUGCACACCAUAUGGAGAUUGCUGCCUCUUAUAUUUAUA